ACUUACGAUGAUGUGGUAUGCACCCCCGGUCCUUAUCUCAAUGUCAUAAUCGGUACGAAUGGAGCCGGAAAGAGUACGGUCAUCUGUGGCAUCUGUCUGGCUGUUGGUGGAAGUCCGAAAGUCCUUGGUAGAUCUGAAAAAAUGGGCGACUACAUUAAGCAUCGUCGAGAACAAGGCUACGUUGAAGUUUUCAUCGCUGAUUCUCGAAAGGGCGUACAACGAGUGAAAGUGCUUCUACAACGGCCUAGCAGCUGUACAUACUUUAUAAACGGAUCUCGCACAACUCAACGUGCCGUUCGUGACUUUGUUGCUUCUUACAACAUCCAGAUAGACAACCCUUGUACAUUCCUUGCGCAAGACAAGGUCAAGAGCUUUUCUGAACAGUCUCCUGUAGAACUACUUAUGAAUACCGAACGAGCUGGAAACCCCGCUUCACUAGAGAGACACGAGAAGUUGAUUGAGAAGAAAAAGCAUGAAAGCGUACAUAUCGAAAACGCUCGCGAAGUACAGCAGCGGUUGCAAGCUAUCGAAGGGGAGAUUGACGCGCUCAUGCCUCGUGUGCACAAUUACAAAAAGAAAGAGUUCAUGCGCACUAAAAUCAAGUUGCGUCGCAUACGAGCUACAACGGACGAGCUGCACUCCGUUACGAAUACAAACUUAUAUGCUGAUAAGGUAACUCCUUAUAUUCCUGCUGAAAGCGUCAUUGCUAUCAUGAUUUCUCAUCUUUUGAUCUGA